AUAUUUGUGCAACCUCAGAGGGACAUUCAGUUUGGGCAGUCAGUGAACGGGGAAACACAAAGUUUAAGGACUAUGGAGAAGAGACCUUACUCAGUGGAAUGGCUUUCAGAGAGCAGUCAGAGGAAACCUGUUUACUCCAAUGUGGAUCUAUUAGGAUUUAAAAGUGGUUAUCCAUACAAGGAAUACAGUAUCUCAUUGCCAUCAAGAGCUACUGGGCCAACAUUGCCGUGCUUGGACUACAGAGAGAAGGAAAAUUAUUGUGCAAGGAACAUCCAGAAUGAAGAAAGAAGCCCACCUGUUAAAGACCCAAUUCAAUCCCAGCCAGCAGCACAAGAGCUUGAUACAUCUCGAAGGGCAUUAAUGAUGGUUCCUGCUUCCGACCAAAGCACUGGAGAUCAAGCAGAUAAGGUCACUGGCAUGACUGACACCAACAAGAAGAACAAGUCUGUGUGUGAUGAAGAUGCGGCUGCCAGAGCCCGCACCAAGUUCUCCGCUGAGCAGCUGGAAGAGCUUGAAAGGAGCUUUAAGGAGAACAGAUACAUUGGAUCCAGUGAGAAAAGGCGGCUGUCCAAGGUGCUGAAGCUCUCUGAGACUCAGAUUAAAACCUGGUUUCAGAAUCGAAGGAUGAAGUUCAAGCGUCAAACACAAGAUGCAAGGGUUGAAGCUUUCUUUUCGGGACUUUAUGUGCCUUAUUAUGGUUACCCUGACCUUCCAACUCCUGGAUACUCAGUCCAGCCUGAGUUUUCUGUUCUGGCGCCUCAUACAAUGGCAGCAUCAUCUGUUCCGUUCAGUCCUUUACAAUCAACUGUUAUUUCACCUGGACUCCACCCAACAACUAUUCCUUCAGCAAACUUUGGCUCUUAUCCAUGCUCUUCCAUGCUCGUACACCCAAUGCUGAAUGAGCCUACUCGACAAAGAUACAGCCCAUACUGAAGUUUUUAAUAGAAAACAUUCUUGGAGCACCACUGUUAUUAUUUUUACAGACAUUUGCAAUUAUUUAUUAUAAGUUAUUAUGCAAUAUGAAUCACAGCCGCACAUUCAGACAGAGUUUUAUUACUAAUGGGUUUUAAAUAAUAAAGAAAUCUGUUUUGUUGCA